AUGAAGCAACUCAUCCGCCGUUUCUCCCGUGUCGCCGACGCCUCCUCCCAGUACAGCCUCCUCCGCUCCGACACCUCCACGCGCCAUCGUACCGCCAGGCGUCGAACUGAAUCUUUCCGCGCCGCGAUCUCCUCGUUGAAAAAGCCGGCAUCCCGGUCGGUCCCAGAUGGUCACGUGCCGGUUUACGUUGGUGAAGAGAUGGAGCGGUUUGUGGUGAACGCGGAGUUGCUGAACCACCCCGUUUUCGUUGGUUUGCUUAAUAGGUCGGCUCAGGUGUAUGGCUAUGAGCAAAAAGGGGUGCUUCAUAUUCCGUGCCACGUGCUGGUUUUUGAACGGGUUAUGGAAGCUUUGAGACUAGGGGUUGGGUCACGUGACCUCCAGGAUCUGCUUCGUUCUUUCUCCGACGACUGUUUUUUCGAUUUCUAGGAAGAGAAACAGGAACAAACGAGGUUUUUUGUUCUUUUUGUUUUUUUUUUUUGGUGUAAAUAUAGAAUAUUAAAGGAAAAGUGAAGAAAUUUAGGGUUUUUUG